CUCGUGCAGCCUUGCAGGCCACUUUCCUUCAGGAUGACUGGGAGUGACGCAGGGCAGACGGAAAAAACUAGGGCUUGAGGGUAGAGUAAGGACAGGGAGAACGGCGGUGAUGCUGGAAGGACUGUAGCUUUCAUUUCACAUGUUCAAGCCCGAUGCACCGUUUUUCCGACUGCACAGAGGACAUGAGAGUAGCCUAUAUUUAGGUUUCCUGUGAGAGAUAAUAAUUAGGCAUCAUCAACUCAUCCUCGGGGCGGAUCAGGUUGGAUACACUCCCAGGUAACAUUGAUCCCCGCCCCUGUACAAAGGAAAGUAGCCUAGUCAUUCCGUUUUGUUACUGAACACCAAGCUGCAAGUCGCAUCCAGUUGGAGGAUAUUUGGACACCUCUCUCCGUCACUAUAGAAAGUCUCCAUCAUGAACUACCUGCGUCGACGACUCUCGGACAGCAAUUUCAUGUCCAACCUGCCCAAUGGCUACAUGACCGAUCUCCAACGCCCCGACCAGCCGCAGGAAAGCCCCGCAGUGUCGCCCGGCCCGACGGAGAGGCGGCAGUCCACCAGCCAGCCGCAGCCUCAGCCGCAGCAUCAGCAGCAGCCGCAGCCGCAGCAGCAGCAACAGCCUGGAGGUGGAGGCUCUGGCUUCUUCUCAUCCAUAUCAAAUGCUGUUAAACAGACCACAGCUGCUGCGGCUGCUACCUUAUCUGAGGCAGCUGACCGGGCAGGAGUCUCCAGCAGUGCCAAGAUCCUCCUGGUUAUCGACGAUCAGCAGACCGACUGGGUAAAGGUCUUCAGAGGAAGAAAGGUCCACAGUGAAUUUGACAUCAAGGUAGAACAGGCAGAAUUCUCUGAAAUCAGCCUGGUGGUGAAUUCCACAGGCACUUACAAUGUGGACAUUGAUGCAAUCAGGAAUGGGCAUAAGGUUACUAAAUCCUUAAAGCCAGACUUUGUGCUGAUCAGACAACAUGCCUUCAGCAUGGACAAGAAUGGAGACCACCGGAACAUAGUGAUUGGACUGCAGUAUGCUGGAGUGCCAAGUGUUAACUCUUUGCACUCUGUCUACAAUUUCUGUGACAAACCAUGGGUGUUUGCUCAGAUGUCUAGAAUCUCCAAGCAACUAGGCUCAGAGGAGUUCCCCCUGAUAGAGCAGGUUUACUACCCAAACCACAAGGAAAUGAUUACCUCCCCCCGCUUUCCUGUAGUGGUAAAGAUGGGCCAUGCUCACUCAGGAAUGGGAAAGGUGAAAGUGGACAAUCAAUAUGAUUUUCAAGAUAUUGCCAGUGUUGUGGCACUGACCAAGACUUAUGCCACAUCCGAGCCCUUCAUUGAUGCAAAGUAUGAUGUCCGCAUCCAGAAGAUCGGCAACCAUUACAAAGCCUACAUGAGAACAUCAAUUUCUGGCAACUGGAAAACCAACACUGGCUCAUCUAUGCUUGAGCAGGUGGCCAUGUCAGACAAGUACAGAUUGUGGGUGGACUCUUGUGCUGACAUCUUUGGAGGGUUGGAUAUCUGUGCUGUGGAGGCUCUACAUGGUAAAGAUGGCAUGGACUACAUUAUAGAGGUUGAUGACUGUUCGAUGCCGCUGAUUGGAGACCAGCAAGACGAGGAUCGUGUUCAGAUUGCAGAGCUGGUGAUUUCUAAGAUGAACCAGGCUGUUCCACGCACUUUGAGCUCUUCCACAGCAGGGCAGCCUGCGCAGAAAACAGUGUCUCCUCAGCCUGUCUCACAGCCCAACGUACCACAGGCUCAGCAGCGCCCCUCACCUCAGGGUGGUCCUCAGCAAAGUCCCCCAUCUCAGCAGCGCCCACAGCCUCAAGGCCAACCUCCUGCACAGGCCCAGCAAUCUGCUGCGAACCCAGCAACCGGUGACCCCAGUGCUCAGGCUAAGGCUAACCAAGUACCUGCAGCCCAGCCACGGCCACCAGGUCAGGGAGCCCCUCAAGGCCAGAGAACUCCUUCUGGUCAGGGCUCUCCUCAGCGAAGCCAGGGAGGUUCACCUCAAGCUCAAAGGCAGCAGUCUGUCCCCCUGCAGCAGAAACCUCAACAGAGGCCUGCACCUCCCAGGCAGCACUCACAGGGGGCAGCGCAGCAACAGAGGGCUCCCGGCCAGCAAGGUCGCCCUGGAGGAACCACCACCCAGCAGCCCCGACCUGCUGCUCAAGGCCAUGGGGGCCCAGGAGGACGACCCCCGCUGCAGCAAAAGCCUCAGCCCCCAAACAAGCCCAGUCAGGACAAGCCCAGUCAGGACAACCCGGCUGUGGGCGGUUCUCCACAACUAAACAAGUCCCAGUCUCUUACCAAUGCCUUCAACAUUCCAGAAACCCCAGCGCCACGAGCCAGCCUUAGCCAGGAUGAGGUGAAGGCUGAAACCAUACGCAAUCUACGCAAAUCUUUUGCCAGUCUCUUCUCAGACUGAGACGGCUUAAGCCCCCCUCCUCUCCUCCUACUGACAGAAAGAUGGACAGGCAAACUGAAGGACAGAUUACAUCAGCGAACAAGGACCAACAGGAUCCAAUUCAUGUACAUUGACCAUGAUAUGAAAAUGUACACACUUGACACCCACUGCCUAAAUAGUUAACACCUUUUAAAAUGAACAAAAAGUAGAAUAUACAGUUAAUUUAGGCACUGUUAUCUGAAACAUUCCUUGCCUCGCCUCAAGCUGAAGUAAGUCAUCCACACCUUCGUGUUACACAAACAAAUCACAGAAGAAGGCCUAUAUAUGCAUGAACUCAAAUACACAAAGAUAAGAAACUAAGCAACAAAAUAUUGCUCCCACUUGUUUGUAGGUGCCGUAAAGUAAUUGUGAUCUCUAUGUUUGCAUUUUGGUCGGUUAGCCGACCAACUGAAUGAAUUAUGGGACUGUACGAAAAUCAUUGGAGAGUGGAGGAGUGCUAAAUCUAAUAUUUUAUUUUAUAAAAAAAAAAAAGCAAGGCCCUCCCCAGUGUUUUUAAAAAUUGUCAAAAUUAUAUAUUUAUGCCAAACAUAACAAAAUAGUUAAAAUACAGCAGUUUCUAUUUUUGAAUGUAGAACUUGCUAAAACUGUUAUUAUAUCCUCUGCAUAUGGCAUAAUGCACCUCUAUGGCACACAUGAAAAUCAUCUUUUUGAUUUAUUAACUAUUUUAUCUAUUUUUAUAUAAAUCAUCUCACAUAAACAACAUCAAAUAUGACCUAGUAUAGAAAUAUGGGGUAAGAUACAAAGAAAUGAAAGACCCUUCCCUGCUCUCCCAAUAAAGUAAGAUGACACUCUCCUGAGCAAAAACAAAGUUACAAUACCCUUUUCUGACCCGUCCGUCCCAAAAUCAUUUUUGUACAGUCCCUAACACAGCACAGCUGCACACAUAGGCUGUUUGAGCUGUUGACCGCUCAUGGUGAUGUCUUAGCUGCAUGUCAACAGGAGGCAAUGGUCGCAUUUUCCAACCCCUGACAUCGGCGCUUGUAACUGUGCCGUGACAUGUAGUUGUAUUAGUUAGUACAGUAACCUAGUAGGUGUUGUGAGUAUGUUGUUGCUGCCACUUUUUUUUGUCGCACAAGAACAAAAGCCCAAAAGCUCUCCCCCUUGAAAGCAGACAAGAAUGUCAGAUCAAAUGGAGUUGUCUCAGGGAUUUCCAAUUGAUUGUGACACUUGUAUGUGAGGGUGAGGGUCUUCCAUUGCAGUUUUAUUGUGCCUGUUUACUAAUAAUGAAGGAAAAGCAUGCAUUUUAAUAAGGUAGAAUCUUUCUAUUAUUUCAGAUGCAUUUGCACACAGAGAAUACUGCAAAAUUAUACUUGAAUACAGUGACAUUGACUGAUGUAUGAAGUCUUUAUUUUCAGGUUUAUACAUCUGCCACUUGACAAAGCAACAACUCGGUGUUCCCACCCUGGGGUGCUGCUGUGUGUGUGACAGGUGUGGCACAGAAGGAUACAGCAUAGGCAGGGUUUGCAACUGUUCAGGUACAGUUAGUGAAAAAUUUGAUAAUAUACAGACAGUGUAAUUUCAUAUUCCCUUGAUUCCAAUGCAAUGUAAUGAAAAAGCUUCUUACUGUAGCUAUGGGUUUACAGUAAGUUAGUGGAUUGAGUCAGGUUUAUUUCAGGAGUUAGUUGAUGCAUUUGGAUUUUGCACUUAAGUAACUAAACCUUAGUCUGUAUCAUACAAUGCAGCAGACUUUCUUUCCUUGGGUUUCAAUGACUUUAUAGUCUGUAAGAAUAAGCUAUACAAUAAAGAAAUAAUGUAAAGGUACAGGAAUGUUAACUGGGGGGUGUGGCCCUGGAGUAGAUUUAGAACUUCCUGCAACCCCCCCCCCCCUGCACUGUCAACCUUUCCUUUGAUCACGACUGAAAAACUAUUGUUUCCAGGCACUGAAAUGUCUUCCAGAAGGAGUGCUUUCUAUUUGAAUGUCAACGUAGAAUGGCAAUAUCAUGCUUUUUAGAGAAGACCCAAUAGCCAAAAGUAUAGAUGACCCCUGGUUCCCCUGCAGAUUCUUCAUGCUGCCUGUGUUUUGUGUAGCCACAGUGACCCCUUGUGCUCAAUGGUGCAUAAAUGUGUGAAUGUCGUUCUGUAACUGGUCAAACCAAAUAGAUGUGUUGUACAGAGCUCUGAGUGGUGCAGAUUGUCCCCUUUAUCCCCUGCUGCUAUUUGUGCUUGUUGAUAUUAUGUGUCACAUGCUUACGUACACUUUUGUACACGCUUACGUUUUUUUUCUAUGAGGCAGGACUAUCUGGGGCUAGUAAGUUUAUGCAUUAGUGAUUCAGGCUGUCAUUUUUAAAUUUUACAGUGACUCAGUGUCAGUGCAUGACCGUCUGAUUCAUCGUGGUACAGACCAACUCCAAGAGGAUCAGUAAGAGAAGCUUUGUGUAACUGUUACACUGAGUGUGUAAUUUAUGAAAAUGAGUCAUCACAAUUAGCAUGGAUGGUUAACUUUGAAAAAUGUCAUACCCACAUUUUCAGAGGCCUGUUGGCCAUUAUAAGACGUACUAUUUGCCAUGGCACCUCCUGAGACUGACAGGAUGAGCUGUGACAGUGAUGCAAAGAACUAGUUUUAUGUAUGUUUUUGAUAUUCACAGAUGGGGUUUUUUUUCUUUUUAAAAGUUUACAUUAUUUAUGGUGGAUAUAUCUGACUGUGAAUGUACAUUAUUUUCUUUGUUACAGCUAGUUUUAUUGUUUUCUAAAUGCAUUGAACUAUCAUUGUGAAAAGACUAAAUCUUUACAAAUUUGAGUUGAACUGAUUGUCAUUUGAUGCCUGCCAGAUUUUAAAAUGUAUAUCAUAAAUGUAAGUGCAAGAAUCAAAGAGCUGAGGUUUUUGUCAAUCAAAAAAGUAGAUAUUGCAUAAUGUAAAUCAUGGUGGAAUUGAAUUAAAUGUAAAAAAAAAGAUAUUUGAUGUUAUAUGCAAUGUAGCUAUAUUAUGUGAAAAUGAGUAUGUUAUUAAAACAUGCACAUGUCUAAUAAAGUCUAUGACCAACAA